CCACAUGUUGACAGCCUUCUCAACUACAACAUUUCUCUAUUCUGAUGGCUUUGCCUAUGCAGCCCAUGUAGGCUAAAUAAUAUAUUUGCAACCUCUCUGUAUAGCACAUACCAACCAUAGCUUGCAAGUAAACAUCAAUCGCUAAUCGCAGCAGAUAUAGAGGGUGUGCUUCCUUGUCUUACUUCAGCAGGCAGUGUGGCUGUUGAUGACAAGGAAAAAAAUGGCGGCAGGGUACGUCUGGUUUCUGGUGCUGGGAUCUGUGCUUAUAUGCAAUCUCGUCAAAACACUGUUACCAGCUAUAUCUUCUUUCCUGUCCAAGGUCUUUCAAAAGGAUGCAGAGCAUGAGAUGGAAAUGAGGAUAGAGAUCCAAGGCAUGAAGCAGGAACUCGCCUCCAUAAGUAUGAUGGAUGAGUUUGCCAGAUAUGCACGACUGGAGCGCAGGAUCAACAAGAUGACUGACAAGUUAAAGACCCAUGUGAAGUCCCGAACAGCUCAGCAGGCCAAAAUUAAAUGGGUGGUGAAUAUAGUGUAUUAUGUUCUCCAGGCUGCAUUGAUGAUCUCUCUGAUUUGGAAGUACUAUGCCGACCCAGUGACAGUUCUUCCCAGUAAGUGGAUUGCCCCUCUGGAGCGGUUGGUCGCUUUCCCAUCUGGAGUGGCAGGUGGAGUGGGAAUCACAACCUGGCUUGUGGUUUGCAACAAGGUAGUGGCGAUCGUUCUGCAGGCUGUGGGUUGAAGAAACUGGACUUGAUUUCUGCUUUCUACAGUGUUCAAAGAUCAAUGAUUAAUGGGUAUUGUGAAAAAGUAAUUCCUUCCUGUUCAUGUUUAAAAAAUUUGCCAUUAAAUUAUUCUGUUCAGUUCAUCUCAUGCUGACUUGAAAAUAUACAAACUUCAACAGUACAUAAAAUAUACACAAAAUAUUGAUGAUAAUCUGAGCAAUAUGCUUCAGGACAUAUCAGCAUUGACCAGAAUAUUUCUUCUAGGAACAAUUUGUUGAAAUGAGAUUGGUGGGGGAAAAUUCCUGUUUCCCGUAGAGAAAAAACAAAAAAUGUGUAUGAAUACGUGUGUGUGUGUGUAUAAAUAUACAUGCAUAUAUACACACACAGUUAGCUCCAUAAUGUUUGGGACAAAAAAAUUAUUUAUUUAUUUUUUACAAUUUUAGAUUUGUAAUGAAACUAUUCCCACGUGGUUAAAGUGCACGUUCUCAAGUUUAUAGGUAAACUUGUAUGGGUAUCACUGUAGAAAUGACAGCACUGUUUAUACAUACUCCCCCCCCCGCCCCCAUUUCAUUCUAUUUGCCCAAAAGAAUGGUCACCAUAAUGAAGAAAAACCACCCAAACAGCAGCCCAACAGACCAGAGACACUUUUCAGGAGGCAGGCUGGCCUGGAUGUGUCAUUGCCUACUGUCAAAAGUAGUCUUCACGAUCAGAACUACUGAGGCUACACUGCAGCAUGCAAACCUAGUCAGCCACAAAGACGGGUUUCUGGCCAGGUUACAGUUUGCUAAGAAGCACUGAAAAGAGCCCGCAGAGUUCUGGGAAAAGGUCUUGUAGACCGAUGGGACCAAGAUGCACUUGUAUCAUUGUAUCACAAGGAAAUGCCAUUAUCCAAAGCCCCCCCUCCCCCCUCAUCUGUGAAAUAUGGUGGUGGCGGGUAUUAUGGUUUGGGCAUGUAUGGCAGUCACAGAUACUGGCUCACUUGUCUUCAACGAUGCUGUAACUGCUGAUAGCAGCAGCUGAAUGAAAUCAAGAUGAAAAUGUACAGAAGCAUCUUAUCUGCUCAAGUUCAACCAAAUCCCUCCUAAUCCCGCUUCACUGUACAGUAAGACAGUGAUCCUGUAAAAUACUGUUAAGGCAGCAACGGUGUUUUUCAAAGCUAAAAACUCUUGACUGCCCCCCAGGACAAGCAGGAGCUGAAGAUGGCUGCAGUGCAGGCCUGGCAGAGAAUCACCAGAGAAUAUACUCAGCACCUGGUGAUGUCAUUGGGUCACAGACUUAAAGCCGUCAUUGCAUGCAAGGGAUAUGCAACAAAGUACUAAGUACUGCAUAUGAAGUGCUGUAAUUUCUGCAUGGUCAAACCAAAAUUUACUUAAAAGAAUACCCUUAAAUAAAAGCUGAGAAUGUG